GAUGGGCGCUAGGAGUGGAGGCAGUCUUCCUCUCUUUCAGCUGGGGUGCUCCUUAAGAGCCAGCUCCACCCUGAGAAAAGAUGUUUUCUGCGAAGAUCUUUUGCCUGGUCCUGAGUGUGGUGGGCACAGUCUGGACCACAGAUAACAAGGAAGGUGAAUUUAUAGCCGAAGGAGGAGGUGUGCGUGGCCCCAGGAUCGUGGAAAGACAGCAAUCUGCCUGCAAGGAGACAGACUGGCCCUUCUGUGCUGAUGAAGACUGGAACUACAAAUGCCCUUCUGGCUGCAGGAUGAAAGGGUUAAUUGAUGAAGUCAAUCAAGAUUUUACAAACAGAAUAAAUAAGCUCAAAAAUUCAUUAUUUGAUUAUCAGAAGAACAAUAAGGACUCUGGUUCAUUGACAGGGAAUGUAAUGGAACUCGUGAGAGGGGAUUUUGCCAGCACUAACAAUAAUGAUAAUACAUAUAGCCAAGUGUCAGAAGAUCUGAGAAGCAAAAUUGAAAUCCUGAGGCGCAAAGUCAUAGAACAAGUACAGCAAAUCCGCCUUUUACAGAAAAAUGUCAGGGAUCAGCUGGUAGAUAUGAAACGACUGGAGGUGGACAUUGAUAUUAAGAUCCGAUCUUGCCAAGGUUCAUGCAAUAGGGCUUUAGAACGUAGGACAGAUCUAAAGUACUAUGAAGAUCAGCAGAAGCAACUUGAACAAGUCAUUGCCAAAGACUUACUUCCACCUAAAGAUAGGCAGUACUUACCCCGGCUGAAAAUGACCACAUCUGUAAAUACGCUUCCUGGGGACUUCAAGAGCCAGCUUCAGCAGGUCCCUUCAGAGUGGAGGGCACUCACGGAAAUGCAACAGAUGAAAAUGACAUUAGAGGGGUCUGGUAAAGAUGGAAAUACCCGAGGAGACACUGCAUCUCAUGGAACAGGAUCAGUGCCUGAAAGCCCCAGGAACCCCGGGAGCUUCACACCGGGAAGUUCUGGCACUUGGAACCCUGGCAGCUCUGGACCCGGAAGUUCUGGCACUUGGAACCCUGGCAGCUCUGGACCCGGAAGUUCUGGCACUUGGAACCCUGGCAGCUCUGGACCCGGAAGUUCUGGCACUUGGAACCCUGGCAGCUCUGGACCCGGAAGUUCUGGCACUUGGAACCCUGAGAGCACCGGGCCUGGGAGCACCGGGCCUGGGAGCACUGUGCUUGGCAGUGAUGGCACUUGGAGCUCUGGGAGCACAGGGCCUGGGAGCACUGUGCUUGGCAGUGACGACACUUGGAGCUCUGGAAGUUCUGUGUCUAGCAGCAGCAGCUCUUGGAGCUCUGGGAGCGUGGGGACUGGCACUACUGGGCCUUGGAGACCUGGAAGUUCUGAGUCCGGAAGCUUUAGGCCAGAUAGCUUAGGGCAUGGGAACACCAGGCCUACCAACCCAGAGUGGGGCAAAUUUGAGGAGGUGUCGGGAAGUGUAACUCCAGGGACAAAGAAAGAGUACCACACAGGUAAACUGGUCAUAUCUAAAGGAGAUAAAGAGCUUCUUAUUGGUAAUGAGAAGGUCACCUCUGGGAGUGCCACCACCACUCGUCGUUCAUGCUCUAAAACAGUCACUAAGACUAUUAUAGGUCCUGAUGGUCGCAAAGAAACGACCAAAGAAGUGGUAAACUCCGAAGAUGGUUCUGACUGUGGUGAUUUACCCCAUACUUUUGCUGGUAGCCUAGAUGAUCUCCGUUUUAGGCACCCCGAUCUGGGGAGUUUCUUCAGCACUGCCUCAACUGGAAACACAUUUCCUGGUGGGAUUUUACCCUCGCACAGAGAGUUUGACAGUAGGACCCAGGCUGUGGGCUCCGAAUCGGACAUAUUCACACACUUAAGGGUACCUGAGUUCCCUUUCGGUGGUAAAACUUCAAGUCACAGCAAACAAUUUUCGAGCAGUAGUACAACUUACAACAGAGGAGACUCCACAUACGAAAGCAAGAGCUAUAAAGUGGCAGGUGAGGCCGGAAUUGAAGAGGAACAUGAAACCCUCAAAGGAGGAUAUACCACCAAAAGAGGCCAUGAUAAAGUUCGCUCUGCCAGAGGUAUCCACACUUCUCCUUUGGGGAAGCCUUCCCUGACCCCCUAGACUAAGUUCACUAUUCUUGCAAUGCCUCCCCUAGCACCUUGAACUUCUUUCCUAGCCCUCUAUUACACUUUAUAGAAAUUACACCUUUUGCUUGUUUGUGUUUGGGCACUAGACUGUAAGUUCCAUGAGGGUGGGGGCUUUGUCUCUCAUGUUCAUCUCUGUAUUCCUAAAUGCCUAGCAGUGCAGAGAAUCAUCACUCAAUAAAUACGUGUUAAAUGAAUGAAUGAAUGAAUCCCUCUGAAACUCGAUUUUAAGUUUGUUUAACCCAAUUCUUUCACCACUCAAAAUGUGUGCUCUUGGAAUUGUCACCCAGUUUAUUAAUCACAUUUUUAGUGUGUCUCAGUUGACAUUGAGAUCAGGUUAAAAACAAGUUAUAUUACCACUAAAUGACGCUUAGAUAUCUUUGCUGGUUACUUGCUGUUAUCAGUACAUGCAAGUAAAAUUUCAAAUCCAUUGAGGAAAAUCCCCUCUGCAAUUUGUGGGUAUAAAUGCCACUCACUUGCGUAAGUUUCAUCCCAGUGUAAGUGCACUCUUUCCCCCAUGGAGGGAGGGAAGGAAGGAAGGUAGGAUGGAAGGAAAGAAGGAAAAGGAAGCCAGUAUCUGCCUUCGUUUAAUCUGGGCCAUGCCUAUCUUUGUAAAGUUAAAUGAGAAUAACUUCUUCCAACCAGCUUAAUUUUUUUUUUAGACUGUGAUGAUGUCCUCCAAACACAUCCUUCAGGUACCCAAAGUGGUAUUUUCAAUAUCAAGCUACCGGGAUCCAGUAAGAUUUUUUCUGUUUAUUGUGAUCAAGAGACCAGUUUGGGAGGAUGGCUUUUGAUCCAGCAAAGAAUGGAUGGAUCACUGAAUUUUAACCGGACCUGGCAAGACUACAAGAAGGGUUUCGGCAGCCUGGAUGACAAGGGGGAAGGAGAAUUCUGGCUAGGCAAUGAAUACCUCCACUUACUAACCCUGAGGGGCUCUGUCCUUCGGGUCGAAUUAGAGGACUGGGCUGGAAACCAGGCUUAUGCAGAAUAUCACUUGAGGGUAGGUUCUGAGGCAGAAGGUUAUACCCUGCAGGUCUCUUCCUAUGAGGGCACAGCGGGUGAUGCUCUGAUUGAGGGUUCUGCAGAGGAAGGAACAGAGUAUACGUCUCACGCGGGCAUGCAGUUCAGCACCUAUGACAGGGAUGCAGACCAGUGGGAAGAGAACUGCGCAGAAGUCUACGGCGGAGGCUGGUGGUAUAACAGCUGCCAAGCGGCCAAUCUCAAUGGCGUCUACUAUCCCGGGGGCUCUUAUGACCCAAGGAACAACAGUCCUUACGAGAUUGAGAACGGAGUGGUCUGGGUCCCCUUCAGGGGUGCAGAUUAUUCCCUCAGGACUGUUCGCAUGAAAAUCAGACCCCUGGCGACCCAAUAGGAGUGGAAGGGAGAGUGAUCUGUUUUCUUUGUUUAGUGAGGUGGAGAAAAAAGAUGAGGAAGAUAAAGGAGUUAAGAUUCUUCACAAUCUACUAAGAAAUUUACAGGUGCUAUUUUAUUAUUCUUUGUACUGUAUCUAAAUGUAACUGAGACAUAUUACUGCUUUAAAGAAUAAAGUUGUGCGAGUUUAUUUAUCUUGAAA